AUGGAAUAGAAAAUAGGUUUCGCAACUUUAAAUAAUCGAAGUUAUUGCAUCUCGUUGUAACUCAAGAAUAAAAGCUGCUUAUACUAUCUACUCAUAAGUUGUCCAAAUGAAAGUCCCUUUGAUUGAACUUUGAUCUAACUGUCGAGUUUAUAGAUUAAUAAAGAUAACUAGUAGAAAUAAAAUGGCAGCCGUUAUUCCAGUUAUUUCGAAGUUGUCUAAUCGUAUUAUUAGAAUUCUUGGAUGCAAUCCAGGUUCUAUGACAUUGCAAGGAACUAAUACAUAUUUGAUUGGUACUGGAAAGAACCGCAUAUUAAUAGACACAGGUGAUAAAGAUGUGGAAGAAUAUCAACAAAACCUAGCACUAGUAGUACAAUCUGAACAAGUCAAUAUUGAGCAUAUAGUUGUUACUCAUUGGCAUCACGACCAUUUAGGAGGAGUUGAGGAUAUUUACGGCACUAUUGCAAAACAACCAAAGGUGUGGAAACAUAAAAGGGAUGAAACUGAUGCACCUGACAAUGAAAUGCCUGCAUCAAUUCCAACACACUGGCUAACAGACGGUCAAGAGAUUAAAGUAGAAGGAGCAACUGUCAAAGUCCACCACACUCCAGGCCAUACAACUGACCAUGUAGUACUGACUUUACUUGAUGAGAACAUACUUUUUAGUGGUGAUUGUAUACUAGGAGAAGGUACUGCCAUAUUUGAAGAUUUGUAUACCUAUAUGAAGAGUCUUCAGAGAAUAUUAGACCUUAAGCCACGCAUUAUUUACCCAGGUCAUGGUAAUAUUGUAGAGGAUCCAACUCAGAAAAUAGAAUAUUAUAUUUCUCAUAGAAACCAAAGAGAAUCACAGAUAUUGAAUGCACUAAUGGCAAAUCCGGAUAAACAGAUGACAGAAAUGGAUCUAGUAAGAAUUAUUUAUACAGAAACUCCCGAACAUUUGUGGGCAGCAGCUGCUUAUAACGUCAAUCAUCAUCUAGUCAAACUCACAAAGGAAAACAAGAUAAAAAAUAUCAGUGUGAAUGGGGAAAACAGGUGGCAAAUUAGCUCAGUGUGUAAUAGCAAUUUAUAAAAUUUCAAAAUUUACUUAGUGGAUUAAUAAAAUAACAUUAUGUUAGGCAUUCUUGCCAGUAACA